AUGUCCACAAGUAAAGUAGCAAUAGUAACAGGUGCUAAUAAGGGACUAGGAUUUGCAAUUGCAAAACUUCUUUGCGAAAAAUACGAAGGACAAGUUUAUCUUACAUCCAGGGAUAAUCAAAGAGGAAUAAAAGCUUAUGAAGAACUGAGGAAAGUUGGCCUCAAUCCACUAUAUCAUCAACUUGACAUUACAGAUAACGAGAGUAUAAAAGCAUUCGUAAAGACAAUCAAAGAUAACAAUGAAGAAGUAGAUAUAUUAAUUAACAAUGCUGGUAUACUUUUUAUUAAAUCUCCAGAACCGAAAGUCUACCAAGCGGAACAAACAAUAUUCGUCAAUUUUGUCUCUUUAACAAAUUUUACUGAAGCCAUCCUGCCGUUUAUGAGAAAUGGCGCGAAAAUUGUCAAUGUUACCAGUUCAUCAGGUCAUUUAUCCCGGAUUCCGUCUAAAGAAAUUAAAGAGCAAUUUAGUUCUGAAGAGUUAACUUUGGAAGAAUUAAAAAGCUUAACAAAUAGUUACGUGGAGGAUGUUAAGAAAGGUCAAGAUAUUGACAAAGGAUGGGGUGACUCGCCUUAUGUGAUUUCAAAAGUAGCAGUGAAUGCUUAUACGUUUCUGUUGCAUCGGAGAUUAUCGUCUAAAGGUAUAAUAGUAAACUGCGUGCACCCGGGCUACGUAAAGUCAGAUAUGACUUUUGGCGCUGGCACCUUGAGCCCAUCAGACGCGGCAUCAGUACCUGUAUCUUUGGCUUUGGAGGCCACUUUUGGCGGCCGAUACGUAUGGCAUAACGGUCAGGAUGUGCCCUGGAAUGGUGAAGAUCCGCGAAAGUACAUAGACGGUAAAAAAGUAUAA